CGGCCCCGGCGCCGCGGCUCUGCCCGCGGGCUGCAAGCACGACGGCCGGCCCCGCGCGGCCGGCAGGGCGACGAGUGCCGCGGAGGGCAAGGUGGUGUGCAGCAGCCUGGAGCUCGCACAGGUCCUGCCCCCGGACACGCUGCCCAACCGCACGGUCACCCUGAUUCUGAGUAACAAUAAAAUAUCCGAGCUGAAGAAUGGCUCAUUUUCUGGGCUAAGUCUCCUUGAAAGAUUGGACCUCCGAAAUAAUCUUAUUAGUAGUAUAGAUCCAGGUGCCUUUUGGGGACUGUCAUCACUAAAAAGAUUGGAUCUGACAAAUAAUCGAAUAGGAUGUCUGAAUGCAGACAUAUUUCGAGGACUUACCAAUCUGGUUAGACUAAAUCUUUCAGGGAAUUUGUUUUCUUCAUUAUCUCAAGGAACUUUUGAUUAUCUUGGCUCAUUACGGUCUUUAGAGUUUCAGACUGAGUAUCUUUUGUGUGAUUGUAACAUCUUGUGGAUGCAUCGCUGGGUAAAGGAGAGAAACAUCACUGUCCGGGACACACGGUGUGUUUACCCGAAGUCUCUGCAGGCCCAGCCGGUCACGGGGGUGAAGCAGGAGUUAUUGACAUGCGAUCCUCCCCUUGAAUUACCGUCUUUCUACAUGACUCCAUCUCAUCGUCAAGUUGUGUUUGAAGGAGACAGCCUUCCCUUCCAGUGCAUGGCUUCCUAUAUUGAUCAGGACAUGCAAGUGUUAUGGUAUCAAGAUGGGCGAAUAGUUGAAACUGAUGAAUCCCAAGGUAUCUUUGUUGAAAAGAACAUGAUUCACAACUGCUCCUUGAUUGCAAGUGCCCUAACCAUUUCUAAUAUUCAGGCUGGAUCCACUGGAAAUUGGGGCUGUCAUGUCCAGACCAAACGCGGGAACAAUACCAGAACUGUCGAUAUUGUCGUGUUAGAAAGCUCUGCACAGUACUGUCCUCCUGAGAGGGUGGUGAACAAUAAAGGCGACUUCAGGUGGCCCAGAACGUUGGCAGGCAUUACUGCCUAUCUGCAGUGUACUCGGAACACGCACGGCAGUGGGAUCUAUCCUGGAAACCCACAGGAUGAGCGAAAGGCUUGGCGCAGAUGUGACAGAGGUGGCUUUUGGGCAGAUGACGACUACUCUCGCUGCCAGUAUGCAAAUGAUGUCACUAGAGUUCUUUACAUGUUUAAUCAGAUGCCCCUCAAUCUCACCAACGCUGUGGCCACAGCCCGACAAUUACUGGCCUAUACCGUGGAGGCGGCCAACUUUUCUGACAAGAUGGAUGUCAUAUUUGUGGCUGAAAUGAUAGAGAAAUUUGGAAGAUUUACCAAAGAGGAAAAAUCAAAAGAGCUAGGUGAUGUGAUGGUUGACAUUGCCAGUAACAUCAUGUUGGCCGAUGAACGUGUCCUGUGGCUGGCGCAGCGGGAAGCGAAAGCCUGCAGUAGGAUCGUCCAGUGUCUACAGCGGAUCGCUACAUACCGGCUAGCAAACGGAGCUCAUGUUUAUUCAACAUAUUCACCCAAUAUUGCUCUGGAAGCUUAUGUCAUCAAGGCCACUGGCUUCACCGGCAUGACAUGCACCGUGUUCCAGAAAGUGGCCGCUUCCGACCGAACCGGCCUUUCUGACUAUGGGAGGCGGGAUCCUGAUGGAAACCUGGACAAGCAGCUGAGCUUCAAGUGCAACAUUUCAAAUACAUUUUCCAGCCUGGCACUGAAGAAUACUAUUGUGGAAGCUUCUAUUCAGCUUCCGCCAUCCCUUUUCUCCCCAAAGCAAAAAAGAGAAGUCAGACCGACUGAUGACUCUCUCUAUAAGCUUCAGCUCAUCGCAUUCCGCAAUGGAAAGCUUUUUCCAGCCACCGGGAAUUCAACAAAUUUGGCUGAUGAUGGAAAACGGCGUACAGUGGUUACUCCCGUGAUUCUUACCAAAAUAGAUGGCGUGAACGUAGAUACCCACCACAUCCCUGUUAACGUGACCCUGCGUCGCAUAGCGCACGGCGCAGAUGCUGUGGCCGCCCAGUGGGAUUUCGAUUUGCUGAAUGGACAAGGAGGCUGGAAGUCAGACGGGUGCCACAUACUCUACUCCGAUGAAAAUAUCACUACCAUUCAGUGCUACUCCCUUAGUAACUACGCAGUUUUAAUGGACCUGACGGGAUCUGAACUGUACACCCCGGCAGCCAGCCUCCUGCACCCCGUGGUUUACACCACUGCUGUCAUUCUUCUCUUAUGCCUCUUAGCAGUCAUCGUCAGUUACAUAUACCAUCACAGUUUGAUUAGAAUCAGUCUCAAGGGCUGGCACAUGCUUGUGAACUUGUGCUUUCAUAUUUUCCUGACCUGUGUCGUAUUUGUGGGAGGAAUAACCCAAACCAGAAAUGCCAGUGUCUGCCAAGCGGUCGGAAUAAUUCUUCAUUAUUCCACCCUUGCUACAGUCCUAUGGGUGGGAGUGACAGCUCGGAAUAUCUAUAAACAAGUCACUAAAAAAGCGAAAAGAUGCCAGGAUCCUGACGAACUGCCACCUCCGCCAAGACCAAUGCUCAGUGCGCCCUAUUGCUGGAUGGCGUGGGAACCCUCCUUGGGAGCCUUCUACGGGCCUGCCAGCUUCAUCACUUUCGUGAACUGUAUGUACUUUCUAAGCAUAUUUAUUCAGUUGAAAAGGCACCCUGAGCGCAAAUAUGAGCUGAAGGAGCCCACCGAGGAGCAGCAGAGGCUGGCGGCCAAUGAGAACGGCGAAGUGAAUCAUCAGGAUUCCAUGUCCUUGUCUCUGAUACCCACGUCAGCCUUGGAAAAUGAGCACACUUUUCAUUCUCAACUUUUGGGAGCCAGCCUGACUUUGCUAUUAUAUGUUGUCUUGUGGAUGUUUGGGGCCUUGGCUGUUUCUUUGUAUUACCCCUUGGACUUGGUUUUUAGCUUCUUUUUCGGGGCCACGUGUUUAAGCCUCAGCGCGUUCAUCGUGGCUCACCAUUGUGUCAAUCGGGAGGACGUCAGACUUGCGUGGAUCAUGACUUGCUGCCCAGGCCGGAGCUCGUACUCGGUGCAAGUUAACGUGCAGCCCCCCAACUCGAGCGGGACAAAUGGAGAGGCUCCCAAAUGCACCAACAGCAGCGCGGAGUCAUCGUGCACAAACAAGAGUGCAUCAAGCUUCAAAAAUUCCUCCCAGGGAUGCAAAUUAACCAACCUUCAGGCUGCUGCAGCUCAGUGCCACGCCAAUUCUCUGCCUCUGAACGCCACACCCCAGCUCGAUAAUAGCCUGACUGAACAUUCAAUGGACAACGAUAUUAAAAUGCAUGUGGCACCUUUAGAAGUUCAGUUUCGAACAAAUGUGCACCCAAGCCGCCAUCACAAAAAUAGAAGUAAAGGGCACCGGGCAAGCCGACUCACCGUCCUCAGAGAAUAUGCCUACGAUGUCCCCACCAGCGUGGAAGGCAGCGUGCAGAACGGCUUACCAAAAAGUCGGCCGGGCAAUAACGAAGGCCACUCGAGGAGCCGGAGAGCUUACUUAGCCUAUAGAGAGAGACAGUACAACCCACCCCAGCAAGACAGCAGUGAUGCUUGUAGCACACUCCCCAAAAGCAGCAGAAAUUUGGAAAAGCCCGUUUCAACUAGUAGUAAAAAAGAUGCAUUAAGGAAGCCAAUUGUAGUUGAACUUGAAAGCCAGCAGAAGUCCUAUGGACUCAACUUGGCCAUUCAGAAUGGACCAGUCAAAAGCAAUGGGCAGGAUGGACCGUUGCUGGGUACAGAUAGCACUGGCAAUGUUAGGACUGGAUUAUGGAAACACGAAACUACUGUGUAGCGUUGGUGGGCUUUCCGGGCAAAAUCCAUACAAACUGUGAUAGUCACAUUCCUUUAAGCUAUGAACAUGGACGACACAAACCGUUUACAGCCGUUUUAGGAAUUCAAAAGAAUUUUGAAUAAACGUCAAAGUUUCAGGUUUUACUUAUUUUAUAUCCCCCAGUUGUUGCUUUUUAUAUGAAUUAAAAAAAGAAAGAAAGAAAGAAAAACCUCUAAAGCAUUGUUUUAAUUGUCAAAGCACCAGCAGAACAUUUGGGAAUCUGAAAUGUAGUUUUUUGAAAUCUGUAAUAUCUACUUAACAUUUCAGACUUGUAUUUAAUACAAUAAACAGGUGUUUGUCAUUG